AUGGCAUUCAUACGACGAGCACCUCUUUUACGCUGUCUAUCAUUGGUUGUAGCGUGUAUUAUAACACCAACGCUCAUCCAAACCAUACACCAAGAUGCCAUGCUCACUCCUUCUAUGAUAUGUCAUUACGAUGCCGAGCUGAAGAAAGCUGAUUGCCAUCAUCGUGGGUUGGACUCCAUCCCUCAGAAUCUUCCAGACGAUAUUAAAGAGCUGGACGUCAGUUCGAACAAUAUCAAUUUCAUCUUGAAUUCUUCUUUCGAGAGAUACCCCUUGAUCCAGGACUUGGAUCUUAACUUUAACGACAUCAGAAUGAUAGAACCUGCAUCUUUUUACCCUCUAAAGGAAUUGAAUCGCUUAAUCCUAUCAAACAGCCAUAAACUUGUUGUUCUCCCAGCUACAGGCCUGUUCAGGUGGUCUAAGAACCUGUCCACCCUGGAACUGGCAUCUGUGAAUCUAAAACUGCUUCCAAACGACACUCUGAAAUGGAGCCCGUCUGUGGAGUCGAUAUACCUUAGCUUCAACAAUCUCGCUUUCGUAAACAUGAGCCUUUGUGACAGAGCAAAGGAAAUUGAAUUGGCUUAUAAUAACAUCGAGCAUCUCACCGCAGAAUCUUUCAUCGUCGGAUGUCAAAGUGAUUAUAUUAAUCUGAGCGGGAAUCCUAUUAAAUCAGUAGACCCGAAUGUUAUUGCAUCGUUGCGUGUCCGAUCACUGGACCUUGGAGACUACCCGUUCACACUUGAGGUACUGAAGGAUACUUUUAUCGGGAUCUGUCGCUCUGAAAUAGUGGAGCUCAGUAUACAUGGUGCCAAUUUCGCAGUCUUGCCACGAGAUUUCUUUAGUCCCUUGCGUAAUUGUUCUCCUCCCGUGCUUAAAUUCACCGGCAACAAUUUACAAUCUCUCUCUCAAUACGUGUUCUCAAACUUGACAAGACUCGUGGAACUUGAUCUAUCGCGAAACAAAAUCAUCACUGUUGAACCAGUAUUCUUUCAAGGCAUGCGGGAGCUAAAAGUUCUGAACUUGAACUUCAAUCAAAUAAAAUAUAUAAACCCAAAUACUGACGAAUGGACACUGGACUUAAAUGAGUUGUACUUACGCAGCAAUUCUUUGACAGAAAUCUCAGAAUUCGCAUUUUUCGGUUUGCGAAAUCUAACGCUGUUAGAUCUGAGCUUGAACAAAGACCUUAAGGUCCUGAAUAUCACGUCGUUUUCGGAACUGAUGGGAAUUCAAACCAUCGCCUUGAACUUUUGCAACUUUUGCAUUAAGGACAUAUUUCAACCGGUAGCCCCGAACUUAACAACCCUUUUCAUGAAUAACAUGAUCGCCGAAAUGAUCAUGAUGGCACCUGGAAUAACCUUCGAAGAUUCACAAGGCCUUGAGAAUUUGGAAAUCCGUAAUUCGGGGCUGUCGAAUUUCAAUCUCUGGGAUGAAAUCCUGAAUGUUUCUCUUUUUGACGGAUUGUCAAAUCUUAUUACUUUGGAUCUUAGCCAAAAUUAUUUAGACCACUACUUUCCAUCUGAUUUUCCAGCUAGGAUCUUCAAACAACUCUCUGCUCUCCAGAACCUUAGUUUAGAAGCCUGUCAUAUUUCAUGCCUUCAUCCAUUAGCUUUUACGGGAUUGGAAUCGCUUCGGGUGCUAAAUUUAAGUGGAAACGUAAUUCAACAACUUAAUUUUGAUAUAUUCAAAAUGUUAGAUCAAGUGACUAUUAUCGAUCUUCAUGACAACCUUUUGGCAUACCUCGAUGAACAACUAUUCUCAAACAAUCCCAGACUGACUACUCUAUUGCUAUCAAACAAUAAAUUAACCAUUCUCAACGAAAAGACAUUUGAACCGAUAAAAUCUUCGCUUCUAUCUUUCGAUUUGUCAUUGAACCCUAUCGACUGUAAUUGCGAUCUACGAUGGUUCCGCGAUUGGAUGAGUAGACAUAUUGACGUCAUUGACGAAAACAGAACAGUCUGUUCAUCGGCCUCUUUAGAGCCUCUUCGCGAGAAACCUUUGCUUGAUUUUGAUCCAAAUAAACUUUGUGGACUCAAUAUUGUUCUUGUGUGUUUGACUCCUCUCGCCGGCAUUUUCUUGGUUGUCAUCGUUGCAGUCCUUUAUCACAACCGAUUGCAGUUGAAGUACAAACUCUUUCUCUUGAAACUAAUGGUAAUUGGAUAUAAAGAGAUGCGGGACGCCCGGGACCACAACGACUAUGAGUUUGACUUGAAUAUCAUCUUCUACGAUGACGACGAAGAAUGGGCUCGUCAACAACUCCAACCAGCUCUGGAAGCACGGCUUCCGCAGUUCCAGAGGAAUGUCUUUGGUGAUCAAGACCUCAUUCCUGGUAUGCACUACCUGGACGCCGUCGACUACGUGGUGAGUCAUAGUUAUAAAACACUCAUUCUACUCAGCAGAGCUGCCGUGCACGAUCGCUGGUUCAUGCUUAAACUUCGCACCGCCAUGGACCAUGUGAGCGACACCGAGACCGAAUUCGUAGUCGUGGUCUUUCUCGAAGACAUCCCUGACGAGGAUAUACCAUUUCUGGCAAGGUUAUAUUUAAGUGAUGGCAGACCCUACCUACAUUGGACCGAGGACGUGAGAGGACACGAUUUUUUCUGGAAUAAACUGGUGAAAAGUCUAACCAUUAAUCUCAGGACCAAUGACUUGAUCCCCAACGAGUAG